AUGUCGCGAGAUCGUACCGACAUAUUGGUCAAAGCGCUUGAAGAUGAUAGUGCGCUAGACAUCAGCCCAAAUGAUCUUAUGCCACUUUGCAGCGAAGCUGUCAAUCUUGGUAUUCUUGAACCAACCAAGUCGAACCGCCAAAAUCAGCCGAAAAAAAACAAGGACGUAUCUGGAAAAAACCAGGUCGAUGUCUUUCGCGAUCGAGAAUACCUGUACACAGCUGAUGGAUGCGAAUAUGAGUUGACGUCGAACCAUCUCCGUCAACUACUCCCCUAUCAAUUUUGCUGUAGCGAAAAUAUCGGAGGUGGAUCUGUGUUGGUGAAGAUUGAAAUUUGCCUCCUGGGUGAAAGACCGUCGAAUGGCCGUGAAAUUCAUCGAUGCGCAACGCACGUUUACAUUCUUCUGGGCAAGUCAAUCGAGGAAAUUGCCGACUCGCCAAGGCGAUACAUAUAUUUCUGGGGAGGAAGUCAUAUUCCUAAAGGGCUUGAGUGA